UUGCAUGAACUUUAUUCUAGUGUCGUUUCUCCUAGGUCAGUUAGGUCCCCCGAUUGCUCGUUAUUAGUAUACUCGUGACCGGUUAUCGUUGGUAUCGUCAAUGAUUCACGAAGGACAGAUCAGCUAGUCGCAACCACACGUUAACACCGUUCACACCGAAGCUCUCCCCGUUCGAUUCGUCGAUUAUGUAAAAAUUCGCGUCUCGAGGAUCAUUCGUGUGACCUAAUUCCUAGUUGCAACCACACGUUAACACCGUUCACGCCGAAGCUCUCCCCGUUCGAUUCGUCGAUUAUGUAAAAAUUCGCGUCUCGAGGACCAUUCGUGUGACCCAAUUUCCAUCAAUUUUUAUCAAUCUUUAUCAAUUUCUAUCAACCAGCAUCUCCGUUCCCUUCCAUCUUGUUUCUACUCCAUGGUCUUCUUUUAUUCCCUAUGUCACAGCUCCGUGAUGGAGAUGGACCUUAAAUAGACGUGGAUCUCAGAUAAAACCGUUCGUCUCAAAAGUUACGACUAUCCAUGGCGAUACGGACUGGAGUACACGUUCAACGUGAGCGUCACGAACGUUUACAUGGGACACAGAGACGUGGAAUCGAGAGUGUUCACUGAAAUGAAAUACUGACCAGAGGAACCGAACAGUUUGCGAUGCCGUUUUAAAAAUGGCGUAUUUGCGAAAUCGUACGAUUCACCGUUCGAAGAGGACCAGAACGUGUCUUAUUCGAAGUUAGACUACGGAAAUCUUCCAGAUCAAGUUCAACGAGGACGGAAUCGAGAAGUACGUGUUCCAGGAAAACGAUGGACCGAUGAACGAAACUGUCAUGAACUUGUAUCGACUGAUAGCGAAUCGUUCAGCGUCUGGUCGAAGAUAAGAACCGUAAAGUAGAGAACUAGGUUAGAGAACACGGUUAUUAGCAAGUGCGACGUGGAUUACGAAGUUUCGUACGAGAAAACGGAUAACAAGACCAUGGAGGGAGAAUAUCAGCUAGUUUUAUUAAUCAACGAGCCGAUAUAAGCUGGACAGAAUAGAUUGGGAAACAGAGUCGACAGACACCGUGACAUGUCUCUGGAGGAAUUCGUGGAGAAACUGAGACAUUUCACCAGCCAGAUGCGUAUUACCAAGCAUAGCUUCCAGUCAGACAGCAUCAACAGGGUGGACGUGUACGACUUGGACGGAUACUUCAGUAAAAUGUGGUUCGAUUUCGUUCAUUUGUCUUUAAUCUCCGUUGAUCCUACCCAGUGUGCCGAUAUGACGAACAGUAAUUGUCGAAAUUAAACUUCGAAAUCUUCUCGAAGCACGUUGUUUAGGUGUGACUCGGAUAAACGACUAAUUUGUUGGUACGUUGCGAAGUAAAAUUUCUGCGCCUGGAAAAUUUCUUUCCCUCACCUAUCCCGUCUCGCAGGUGGUACUGCGAAGAUUUGUAGAAAAUAAAGUUCCGAAUUGUUUAUUCAAAGCGAUUCCCGAAGAACGUGUUGGAUGUGAAAUAAAGUUGGAGAAGCUCGCGAGGCGUAUUAAUAGAGAGCAGUUUCAACUGUCGGUAAUUAAUAGCGAGUUUCAACUGAUCGCGUGUUUCCCUUAAAGCUGGGGUGUAUCGUAACGUGAAAUUUAUCGAUUUCGAGACUAAUAACACGAGAUUCGACGUGUGUAUCGGCAACGCGCGUUGUUGUGUCCAAUUAGGCUCUUCUUCCACUCGAUACUUGUACAAUUCCAUGCGAAUCGUAUUUAUCGACGGUUCUAGAUCGUCUGCUAUUGAAAAUCUGAAACGAAAAUAAACUCCAAAUUUCUACAAUAUCCAAGAUCACACUAAAACCGUACUAACACCAUGCGAAACGAAAAGAAUUCCAUAAGGGAAAAACAAAAGUCAUAAGUUCGAAUCUCUAGCCAAGAAAUUAACACGCUACACGCACGAGACGAUAGAAAUCGAUCCAAGUGGAUUAAAAUUCGAAACACGCGAAACCACAGAGGACUAUAGGGAACCAUAGACGUAGUUUAUCGAAUCGAACUAUAAACCGAAAAGUAACUACGAAUUCAGCUUAUGGGAAAACCGAAAAGCGGCGAAAAGCCUGGAAGAAUUCCUGCAUAGGGACUAGCAGAGAAGCACGGGGACGACGGUCGUUGACACGCGAGGUAAUUGCCGGCCAGUUUCGAAAUGGUGUGUUAACGGGUCGCGGAGGGUCCCUUCAUGACCCCGAUUGGAACUACUGUAUCAAUUCUCUAAACCUAUCACCGCCUGUGCACACACACUUUAUUUUCCAACUGGAAAGAGAGAGUCGGCUUCGGUAAAUUGGAGCUUGCUAAUCGUAAGAAGAGGUCAGUAGUGCAGUUUAGCCACGGUAUAAGAGCGGCCCCAACAUCGGUUACUCCACCAAAGUAGUUGAACGUUGCACGGUGUCACCAUGAACGCAUUGCUGAACGUAGUGCCAUUUUUCAUAGCCGCACGUGUCUCCAUCGACUCGUCAUGGUGCUGCGGGCCGGUGUACACCUUCCACGUUCAAGUGAACUCCACGGAGCUCCCGGAGAAAGACAGCUACAUGAGCAUCAGACUGAACGUCGCCUCGAAGCUGGUGUGCCAGCCGAAGGAAUACCACGUGUUCAGCUGCCAUUUUCGGGACUCGAAGGCUGACAGCUACGCAACUGACAACUUAGAUCCCGAGGUACCGGCGGUGCCUAUUAGCCAGGUGUCCAGACAGAAGGCGUACGAGAUCAAUCAGGACCAGUUCGAGAUCAAGUUCAACGAGCGGGGCCUGGAUAGUCUCGUGGUGAACGAGAAUAUACAGCCACGGGAGCUGGACAUGAUUCGGGCGAUAGUGGAACAGUUGAACAUCGGUGUGCUCGUCAACGUGUACGACCACACGUACGAGCUGGUGGAGAACUUCACGCAGGGAGAGUGCGUGACGAUCUUCACGGUGCAGAGGGGCACGGUCGCCCAUCCUUUCCACACGAACCGUGGCUACGUUUUGGAGACGGUGUUCGGGUUGGAGGAGGGCCUGCUGGUGCAGAUCAGGAAGAUCAGGAAUCUUAAUAUGUGCACUCACAAGGUGCCGUACCUCUUCGGUAGCUCUGAGACUAUGAGUCAUGCCAACGACAUGGUGUCCACCGUCAUUUCGUCGGAGAGUCAAAUCGUGAUCACGUCCAACGAGUUCAUAUCUGGUACCACGAACGUGAUAACGAACGUGGUGAUGAAAAAGGGAUCGGGGGAAAUUAUGACGACUUUGUACGAGAAUAUAAGUUUGAGGUUAGAAUCGAUCACACCGGCGGUUAGUGAAGCGCCGGAGGUGAAGGAUCCCGAGCCGGCCAGCAUGUUCGUCGGAAGAUGGCGGAUGGACAGCUCGAUGGAAGACAUGUUGAAGAUCUAGCCGAGCUAGCCGAGCGAUUUCAAUCGAUAUUCAC